AUGGAAUAAUAAUUGAUUGAAAAUAGGAGAAUUACGUCUUUGUUUUGCUAAAGUAUUAAAUCUUGUAAAAAAAUAUCCAUUGGACAUAUUGUUUACUGCAUAUGCAAAAUCAUAAUCGCUGUUAUUUUAUUAACUAUUAAUGCAACAUAAUCUUGUGUAUGGGAAGGUGCAAACACUUGGAUGACAAUAGUGAUAGGAGAGUCUAUUUUAGAACUAGUUAUAUUUUCAGUUAUAAUUCAAUUGAUUAAAAUAACACCUACACUCUUGAAUGUUGGUGAAGAAUUACAUUAGGUUAUAUAUGCUGAAAAUUCGUAAAUUGAGAGUUACGGGGACAUAUCCGAAUUCUUAGCCAAUUCUAUUGAUGACUAAACUACAUAGAUUCCUGAAAGGGAGUUUGAAAAAAAAAAAGUAUUGUUGGCUUAAUAAGUUUUAUAAGAAAUUUUCAAAAUUCACUCUCCUCUUAAACACUCUAGACAUCUCGUAUUUAUAAUCAAUUAAGGAUUGUUAAUAUGGGGAUUCAUACUCGGAUUUGAAAUUCCAUAUGAUUUGAAUAGUGACUGUAGGAGCAGACUUAUAAUAGCCAUUUACAUAUUCUUAUUUUAUACAAUAUGCUACUACCUGGAUGUCUAUAUUUUAAUAAUCAUAAUUUUGAUUGCCUUGCCUUUUGUUGCAAUGUUUUUGAUUUACAAAAAACUAACACAACCAAAAGGAAAAAAGGAUACAGAUUAAAUAAUAGAAGAACUUAAGAAACAGUAUUUAGUUAAAUACUCUCCAAAUCUAAUUGAAGGGGUGCCAGAAUGCAAAAUUUGCAUGCAAACCUAUUAAUUGGAAGAAGAAGUGUUAAAAUUGCCCUGUCAUGAAUCUCAUAACUAUCAUUUAAUAUGCAUCUCCGCUUGGUUUAAGGUCAAUUUGAAUUGUCCUGUGUGUCGAAAAAGUUAUGCUGAAGAAGAGAAUAAUGAGUAAAACCUAGAAGAUAUCAAUUAAGUUCCAUAAUGA